AUGUCUCCAAAAGGAAAAGGCCACCGAUCUCACAAACACAAGAAAUCCAGCAGCUCCAGCCAACCCCAGGAUGACGAGAUACCCAUCGACCCCAGCCUGACAGACCCCUCUUAUACAGCAUACACUCAAGACUACGCCCAAGCAGGCCCAAGUAGCUAUGCACAGUGGCAGCAGCAGCCAGCAACUGUCAACCCCAACGACCUCUGGAUCAAUCAGGAUGCCAGCUCCUCCUCUGCUGCCCAGGGCUAUUAUGCCGCGGAUCCUGCUUACCAAGAUGCCGAUUAUGACGAGCUGAACUGGGAGUUAGACGAGCAGGCAGGCUCCUCGUCAGCCGCAGCGGCACAACAGGACUACCAAUGCGAAGAAUGCGGACGCAUCUGCCGUGGUCGUCGAGAGUACAAGUGA